AUGGGAGCUAAAUUAGAAAUUCCUAAAGGAAGAGGUCCUUUUGUUUUUCGUAUACAUGGACAAGUGUAUCACAAUACAUACGAUCUUCAUCCUAAUAAUAGUGAAAGUCGAAAAUAUGGACAACUAUACAUUCUUGAUACUAAUCAAGCAGUUCUUGAACGAUUGAAACAUGAUUCUAACAAGAAAUUUUUACCAUCAUUAAUGAAAGAAAUAGACGAAUUGUUGAGAUAUAUUAAUCCUUACGCUAAAGCAUUUAAAAUGAUGAGAGAAGUAGAAUUAGAAGAAGAAAUACGAGCGAAAUUGCAAAAUGAACCUAUGAGAGAUAUUCAAAUGUGGAUAAAAAGAGACAGAUCAUUGCAUCAAAGCAAAUUUAAUGUUCCGUCUUGUAAUGAGGUGGCAGUUGUAUUCGUUAGUGAAGAUGGUGAACCUCCAGUAGAACGUGAUAUAUGUAUACAUCCAAGAAAUGAUAAAAGUAUUCCUAUUCACAAUCUCAGUGCAAAUGCUGAUCCCAUGAUAUAUCCAUUAGUGUUUCCUGCAGGUGAUCCAGGAUGGACAGUAAAUAUAAAACAGAAAGGAGGCACUGAUCGUGAUGUUACUCUUUUACAGUUUUACAUUUUUCGUCUUUCUUAUAGAGGAAAAUUUAAUCCUUGUUUGCAAAUGGGCAAAUUAACUCAACAACUGAUAGUUGAUUUUUGGUCGAAAGUGGAAGGUUUGCGUAUCAGUUACAUAUAUUCGAAUCAAAAAAAACUUCGAGCUGAAUUGUAUUGUGGAUUGAUGGAUUAUUUAUAUAAUAAAGCUGCAGAAGAAAAUGUUCGACCAGGAAGAAUAAUUGUUUUACCAUCAACAUUUACUGGUGGACCACGUUCUUACCAACAAUUUUUUAUGGAUGCCAUGCGAUUAGUUCAAGAAUUUGGAAAACCAGAUUUAUUUAUUACCAUGACAUGUAAUCCGAAAUGGUGUGAAAUUACAGAAAAUUUUUUAUGUGGUGAAACUGCAUCUGAUCGGCCAGAUAUUGUUGCAAGAGUUUUCCAACAAAAAGUAAAAGCGCUAAUGAUUGAAUUAAAAGACAACCAAAUUUUUGGACCAGUUAUUGCUUAUGUAUAUGUGAUAGAAUUUCAAAAGCGUGGAUUACCACAUGUACAUUUAAUUGUCUUUUUAGAUCAAUCACAUGCUAUUCGUGAUGCAGAAACUGUUGAUAAAAUAAUUUGUGCAGAAAUUCCUGAUGAAGCAAAACAUCCAGAACUUUUUAACAUUGUAAAACAGUUUCAAGUUCAUGGACCUUGCGGAAAGCAAAACACGAAUUCACCGUGCAUGAAUCCUGAAACAAAAGUUUGCACUAAACAUUAUCCGAAACCAUUUACUUCAGAAACAGAUUAUUCGAAAAAUUAUCCAGAAUAUAGACGAAGAAAUGAUGGCAGAAAAAUUAUAUUUUAUAACAAAGAUGGUUCAAUUAAAUGCACUGCAGACAAUUCAAUGAUUGUGCCAUAUAACCCAUAUUUAAGUAAAAAAUUUGCUUGUCAUAUUAAUGUUGUAGCAUGCGGUAGCAUAGGUGGUGUUAAAUAUUUAUUUAAAUAUUGUUAUAAAGGUCAUGAUUGUGCGAUAGUAGGUAUUAAGGAUAAUAAUCAGGUAAUGAAUUAUGAUGAACCGCAACAUUAUUUAAACACACGCUAUGUAUGUCCACCAGAAGCAAUGCAUAGACUACUCGAAUUUAAUAUGCAUGAACAAUCACAUGCAACGUAUAGAUUAGCUGUACAUUUACCUGAUCAUCAAACAAUAUGCUUCACAGAAGGAAUGGAACAACAGGCAAUUGACACAUUUAAAAAUACGACAUUAACAGCAUGGUUUGAGUUAAAUAAAAAAGAUCCUGAGGCACACAAAUAUUUAUAUUCAGAAAUACCACACAAUUAUGUAUUCAUUUAA